GCUGGAGCCAUUCUCUGCAAUCACUCUAGUAUAGCCGGUGUCUUCGUUGAAGCUCUCCGACGACGCACUAGGCGAAUAGUCGACUUUCUGAUCAGUCGACAUUUUUUCUUUUCCUUACUUAAUCCAAUUGUGCUCUAUUCCAGCAUCGUAUAUUGUCCCUUUUUGUAAGUCGCGGACUGCUGCCCGCCAAGCUGACGCUCAUCGCCGGCUGCGAUGGCGCCAUCAUCUACAUAGAGGGGGGGGUUCACGGCAAUGCAUCAUCGGCUGCAGCACCACCAGCCAACGGUCGAAUAGCCGUAUUUGCUGACGAUUUAGCUGCUACAUCUUCCCGUCGGGGGCCGUCCGGAUGAUUGAAUGGCAGCCACUAAUUCGCCACCGCUUGCAUCAUAUCUACUCCGCAAUCCCGCCAUCCCGUCCAUCGCACUUUACACAACGGCGCGGCGGGGUACCCUGGUUGCAUGCAUAAAUAAGAACGGGAGAAUACAGACAAAAGAACUCCUGUUCAUCCUAUCUGCAUCAAUUGAGACAUACUUCGCCAACACUGCAACAUGACUGCCGUUGUUAUUCCCACCACUGGACCGCCCGGCCAACCGGAUAUCGCUUACACGCCCAAUUGGGACAAGUACCAAGACAGAAUCAAGCGUCGCCAGGCUACUGAGGAUAUUCCAAAGACUCUUCCAUCAGGAUUCCCUCAGAAGCUCGAUGCUACACUGGCAUGGGAGGGUGCAACAGUCGUAGACGAGUUCGAGUGGUCGUAUCAAUUGACCGAGAACGACUUGGCUGAGGUGCACCAGGCCCUGCAGCACUUCAAGGGCCUCGGUCGACCCCUUGGCGCAGUCAGCCAAGAAACAUUCCCUUUACCCAAUCUCCACCCGCGCCUUCGCGCCAUCUCUCACGAGAUUCACAAUGGUCAUGGCUUCACCGUGGUGCGCGGCGUCCCAGUGCACCUCUACUCUCGUGAGGACAAUGUCAUCAUCUAUGCCGGUAUCUCAUCGCACGUAGCUACCAUUCGCGGCCGCCAAGACAGCUCAUAUAAUGGCAAGCCAGCCGACGUGGUCCUUGCCCAUAUCAAAGAUCUUUCUGGCAAUGCGGAAGACUCCAAACUCAUCGGGUCCCCAGCAUAUACUACUGAGAAGCAAGUCUUCCACACCGAUGCUGGCGAUGUCAUUGCGCUGUUUGCCCUGAGCGAGGCGGCUGAAGGCGGCGACAGCUAUCUCGCCAGCAGCUGGACUGUAUACAACGAGCUGGCCCGGACGAGGCCUGACUUGAUUCGCACACUGGCCGAGCCGUGGGCCAAUGAUGAGUUUGGCAAGACUGGUCCUCCAGGAUACACUGCUCGACCACUUCUUUACCACCAAGCUGCGACGGAAUCCAGCCCAGAACGUAUUCUUAUCCAGUACGCCCGCCGCGCAUUCGUCGGAUACUGGUCUCUCCCACGCACAUCUACUAUUCCAGCCAUCACGGAGGCUCAGGCUGAAGCACUGGAUGCGCUGCACUUUACCGCCGAGAAGCAUGCUCUUGCACUGCAGUUCCGGGCUGGUGAUAUUCAGUUUGUGAACAACCUGAGCGUGUUCCAUGCACGCCUGGGCUUCCGUGACUCCGAAACCAAGAAGCGCCAUCUUGUCAGACUAUGGCUUCGUGACGAGGAGAACGCGUGGCAGACACCAGAAGAACUAAAGGACCGGUGGGCGCGUGUAUACGAUGGUGUUGAAGAGAAAAAUCAAGUGUUUCCGCUCGAAGCUGCUGUGCGGUCUGCCUCUUCGUCUGCCCCAACAAUGGUGGUUUCCGAUGUGAAUUUGCAAGCGAAGCAAGUUGCCGUUAGCGCAUGAGAUUCAUAUUUAGCAUUCGGCUGCAGAAAGAUUCAUAGCAGUAAAUUGACCGAAUAACGACAAUCAUAUUGACAAGUUUUGAGCACAUUGUUUCCUCCAGUCGCGGUCAAAGGUUCGGCGAAUGUCUCUUCCACCAGGACCAAUAGUGACAAACAUAAUUGUAUAUGAGACUAUUCCCACAUUUCUUGCUACCCACAAAGCCAUUAAACAUAUCAUAUAGCCAUGAAAUGCCCUUUCGAAAACGCCACCCCAUCGUGCAAUGAAAUCAAUCGUGUCAAGUGUGCGAUCUGAAACCCUCAUACUUCUGUGGUCGGGAUUGGAUGGGGUGAUUGAAAUGUACGGUUGUAUACCCUUGGCCCGGAAAAUACAAGCAGCCGCGAUGAUUGCACCGCAUAUAGCCCAGCGUUGCACUAGAUGGUCGCUACUAACUUUGCGAGGAAACGCGUGGUAGGUGUGUAUCGCGUGGGUGGUGAAGGCCAUGGUCAGAUAUGUCCAGUACAGCGCAAAGAUGGGCGAUAAUAUGUGAGUCUUCAUAUUGUCUCGAUGAAGUAGAUAUGGACUGUGAUAUUAGAGAUGAACUGUGUGGUGAUGAUUUG